UUUCACUUAACAUGCAGAAUAUUUGGAGAGAUAAAAGUCGUUAAAAGCCAUUUUCAUCCACCUCAGAUCGUUGGUUUAAAACUUUUGAAGACGAAUUGGCAUAUCUUAUUGUCGAGUUAAUACAGAUGCUUAUAUGUUUUCGAGAUAAACAUGGAAAUUAUCAUUUGCUUUGUUAGAUAUAUCUUAUUUCAUCAAACGAAUUCAGUCGUUUUUGAGUAGAAGACUGGAUUACUUGAAUUGGAAAUGAAAUACCUUAAACCUAGUUAUUAGGUGAAAACCCUUUUUAAGACUCUGAAAUCGGUAUAUAAGAAGACGGAAACGGUUAUCAACUAAAAACGUAGUAUGGAUAAUUACAAAUACAGUGAAGCAAAUGUUACUUGACAAAUCAAAAAAGUAAAGGUUAAUAAUUCACGGAAAACUCUUGAACAAAAUCUUCUUCAUUUCAUGAAAGCGAUAAUAAAACAAAACAAAACAAAAUGUACCACAAAUUGUUUUCACAAAAAAAUACCUUGACGAGGAAAUCGUGAUAAUUUGAUUGUUUUUAAACAGUGUCAAAAAGUAAAAAGGACAGAAAAAACACCAAAAAUGUCUGGUGAUGUUUGCGAACGAAAUACGCAACACUACGACUUUGACAGUAUACCAUAUCCGGGGACAUUGCAAGUAUUUCCGGGAUGGGAAAUCGGGGUUAAAGUGACGCUUGGAGUUAUUGUGGAGCUUGUUGCUUUGGUAGGAAAUUGUUUGGUAAUAACUAUAGUGAUCCGCUUUAAAUCCAUGAGGACAACAACAAACUAUUAUCUGGUGAACCUGGCUAUUUCGGACCUGCUGGUGGCCAUAAUGCCAAUCUGGAUCCAUGUUGUGUCAAGCUUGAACGAGUUUUGGGUUUUCGGGUCGUUUCUCUGCAAAUUCAAUCCUUUUAUGCAGAUCACAGCAAUGUGUGCCAGCAUGUUCACACUUCUUGUUAUUGCUGGGGACCGGUUCUUUGCCAUCAUGUAUCCAAUGAAAUCACGUGUUACGCGACGUAAAGUCAGCAUCAUGCUCUCCCUCGUUUGGUUCCUGGCUAUGGCAAUCGGAUCCCCUUUGUUAUUUGUAUACCAUUACGAUGAGAGGAAAUGGUUAGAUGUAAAAGAAGCUUUUUGCGCCGGAAUCUGGCCUACCAAGGUGAAUUCGGACGGUUCUUGUGACAACGGUAUAACAUCAAAGAAAAUUUAUUGGAUAAUAGUGUGCGGGGUGUUGAAUUGGACACCGAUGUUGUUUAUGACAUUAGCUUACACAUUUAUUGUGAUCAGGCUCCGAAAACACAAGAUUGUUCCGAAACUAGGUGCUUCUUCAAAGUCAUCAAUACAAGAAAGGUCAAAAAGAAGGGUGGUGAUAAUGCUGUUCUCUGUGCUGAUCGCAUUCAUAGUGUGCGCGGUGCCAUUUCAAACAAUCCGAAUAUACUUCCUGUUUACCAGAGAGGACAUCGGAUAUAAGCUUCCGGACUGGUACCCAACAUUAGAUUUCGGAGCGGUACUUCUGAUGUACAGUAAUGCAGCUAUAAACCCAGUCAUCUACGCUGGACUGAACGAAAACUUCCGGAAGGGCUUUAAAGAUUUGAUAAACGGGGUCAUCAACAGAAACUCGCCGAACGCUUCAGCUGAGUUCGAAUCCGAGUACAAACAGAGGUCUACCAUGCGUGCGCGUGGAAGUCGGGCCGCGCUGGUUGGAGGAAGUGAGAGCGUAGCUACUGCGUUUGAAGCUAACGCUUGCGAAAGUGAAGUUGAAACAGAUUUUCACGGAGUUGAGAAUGAACACAAAAAUAACAUUACUGUCAUAGCAAAUGGGAUAACAAAUGUAAAUUACUUUUUAUUUGGGGAAGGAAACAAGUUUGAUGAAAAUAAACCGGAGAUAGAUACAGUUGACACAGAGGAUAAAAAGGACACGGAUUCUGGACUUGGUGAUGGAUUUAUAAUGGAGCCCACCGAGUGCAUGUCAAAGUUCUGAUGAAUUUCAAAGUAAUUACAUACAAUUUACACAUGUAUUUAGAAAACUCUUAAAAGGAGAUUCAGAAAAGAAACAAGAACAAGUUUAUUUCUUAAUAAGAUAAGAAUAAUAAUGAGCCAUGCCAUGACAAAACCAACAUAAUGACUUUGCGACCAGCAUGGAUCAAGACAAGCCUGCGCAU